GGACAUUGUACACACUACGCACUUGUUUGAGACCUAGGCGUACCAUGAAUGCAAUUAACCCUAACAACUCUAAUAGCCUAACCUCUGGCUUUGGUCAUUCAAAUGAUAUGAAUUUUGUGAAAAGUAGUGAGAACCGUUUAGGUGAUUCCAAUAGUUUAUCGUCUGUUGAAUUAGCUCAAUUACCAAUGAACCCAAUGUAUACAAACGGCUCAACUGCAGAAACCGAUGUUUUGAAGGCGAAUUAUGGGAUUCCUGCUGAUGAGUGUUGGUUGUUCAAACCACCGAAGCAGCACCAAACUCAAGGUUCUGUUGAACCCAUAAGAACAUGGUUACGUGCUAUAUUUGAUUCGCCAGAUUCCUGCUUUUUCCAUUCGCGUCGAAAUCUCCUCUCCCGCCUCGAAGCUAUCAUUCUGGCUGGGGGACAAACUGAAGCAUAUCAGUUUGGAGGCAGUGUCCCAUCUCUGAAUCUUAUCACUUCAAGAUAUCCACCGCGUCCGAAUACAGGUCGUACAGAACAUUCUGUUUAUGGAUCUGUCGUAUCCAAUCGUCUGGUAACCGCUAGUUCAUCAGACAGUAUUUCGUUUCCUAGUCAACAGACAGUAACUAAUCCUACAAUGAACAGUGAGCAUGUUAACAUGAACACUUUCACACGUUCUCACAAACCAAGAAUAAGUUUGCCACCUCAGUGCAGUGCAAGUAAAUCAGUAAAAAAUGGUUCUCAUAAUCCUAAUUCAUACUUGUCUAACUCUACUGGAGCGAACUUUUCUUUCAAACCGCCUAACAAGACUGGGUCGUGUGAUGAGCUAGAAACUACGUCUGCAAACACCAAUGUACAGGAAAUUGCUAGAAGACAAGAAGACACAUUAAAAGCAGAAGUUGCAGCUCUAGCAGCGGCAGCAGCUGCUGCCGGCAAACAUGGUAGUCAGCAUUCUCUUGCUUCUUUGUGUAGGAAUAGCCCACAUGGGAGCUACAUAAACAUCGCUAGUGCUCCAGAAAGCCCUCACUCAAGCACAACAAAGCUAAACCAACCUCAGCAAAAUCACGACCAUUUCUAUGUAAAACAGUCUCUGUCGUUUUCUCAAGAGUUUGAAGGGCAAAUUACAAACCAGCAACCAACACAAGAUACUCAUCUUGUUAAUUAUUCGUCUCAUAGUCCUACUAGAAAAGACGUACUGUCCAACGUCCCUGCUCACGCUUCUAAUGUGGCGAACAUAAAACAAAACCCUUACAAAAUUUUGCCUCAAAAGCCUUUGCUCACAAAUAUUGUUCCAGAAAUGGGGGAUGAAUCUAGACAAUCUCAGAAAAUUUCGGUUUCAACACACCCAUCAUUAUAUCCUCUUGUGGUGAAUGCCACCGGAAACGUGUACAUGUCUUCGGCAGAACCUCGCAGUCAUUUUGGUUUUCGGCCACUACAACAAAUCUCUACUGGUUCAUUCAAUAAAACUGUUAAUUUAGGAUUAAGACGUACAUCUGAUGAUCAACUUUUAUCCUCCGGAAACCCAAACCAAUAAUUUUUCAGUCCGCUUUAGUCGAGUUCUAGUUUUUCUAGUUUGUUGUUACUUCGACAUCAAUUCUUCUUCUCAGAAUCAAAUGGCUAAUAUAACAUUAUGUCCAUUAUUAGUUAAUCAUUAUAGUACUUAUCCCUUAUGUUUCAAAUGCUAAUUGUCACUGGCUUUUUUGCAAAGACUUCGCAUUGUUCAGAAAAGGCUCUCCAUUCGGCUUUUAGCUUUUUAUUUACAUUUUGUCAGCUUGCAUUUCUCAGCCCUAGUGAUUAUGUUUUUGAAAAAUUAAUAGCAUUUAAUCAUCUGAUUAUCUAUAUACAUAUAUAGUCCGCUCACUUAUAACAAGGUGCACUUCAAAAGCAUAAUACAUUGGUUAUGACCAUUUUUGAAUUUAUUUCACAAAGUGUAAUUUGACAAUGUUUUUAUUUUGGCAUUUUGGUAACCUGGUAAACAUUUAUUAUUUUAACUAAUAUUUAUUUUUUUAAUUUCUCUAUACAAAGAGCUUUACUUGCAUAACUUUAAUUUGUACAGUUCAAUUUUCCUUCAAUUUAAGUUGUAACUUAUUUACUUGUAAUUUAUCUUGUAGUGGGUUUUUACCAAUGAUGGAUCCCGAUAUACCAGAAUUCAAAGAUAAGCAAACUGCUGUUGAGGAUACAUAUCGACAAAUGCGAAAACUAUGUGAGAAUUACAAAUUGUUCGCGAAACCGGAUGACUUGGAUGAACUAUAUUCGACUAGCCUAAAUUUAAGUUAUAUCCAAGAUGAUUACGAAACUAUAAAACAUGAAUUAUCAGUCAUUAAAGCUAAUCGUCAAAUUGCUCGAGACGCACUCUUAGCUGCCGGAUUUCAAUGUCCCGAUGAUCCACCAACAUAGUUUCUCUUAAUCAUCUAUCUACACCGUGAGUACCAGCACUCAAACUUUGGCAUCACCAUAAAGUGUGUAAUUCUUUUUUGUUUUACUGAAAAUUGAUUUCUAGUUUACUCUAUUAUAUAUUUACAUUACUUCAACCUGAUCAUAGUUUUAUUUGUUAACUAAUUCAUUGUUAGGAAAAAUCGUAAUUUACAGUUUAUUUGGUUUUUUGAAUUAUUUAUUUAUCCCUCUUUUUUGUAGCGUUUAAUCUGUUUCAAUUUAAUAUUUCUAACACUCUAAAUAGUAUGAAUAUGUUCACUUGAGGUUGCCUAAAGUAGCUUUUCUCGCAUUCUCAUAGAAACACGUGUAUUUAUUGGCUUUUGUUCAUGAAUUACUAUUAUUAUUACUACCUCUUCAUAUGUGUUUCCAUGGUCAUAAAUUACUUCAAUGAGAAAUUGUUUUUUUGUGUGGUUCUUUGUGUUUACUGCUGUCCGAUAAUUUUUGGCGGAUCAUAUUUUUCAUCUGUUAUGGGAUAGCAGAAUAAUGGCCAGCAAGACUACUAGAAUAUGCAAAUAACUAAGUCGUAAACUAUAGGUAAUUCAGUAAGGUUAUGAGUUAAGACACAAAUUAAACUCAUUUUUGGGGAUAUCCUUAUUUUGGAAUAUAACAAAUAUAGUUGAUAAAGUUUACCUGUAAUUAACAGGUAAGAGAAUAAAUGUAAAGUUGAAACUCCUAUCUUGUUUCAAGAUUUAUCAUAGAUAUUAGCUUUUAACUGAGCACGAACUACUGCAUACAUUCCUAUAAUAAUGAGAUGCAGUUUAGGUAACGGGUCCAAUCAUUGUAGAUUCUUUUUGACCUAGAUGAAAUGUAGUAUUUUAAAAGGAAAUUAUGACAUUAGCUCAUGUCUUAUUAUUUUUUUCUCAAGAAAUAAAAAUGUCAGUGGUUUUCUGUUAAAGGUAAUUAAUAUUUUUUUCAACGAUGUCGGAGAAUGUUAUAUUUUGUAUGACUUUCAGUCUCAUGUCUGAUAAAAAGCUUAGUAGAAUGUAAAAUAAAUACGGAAAAUCUAUAGGUUGAUAACUGAAGAUUUUAAUUCCAAUAUGUACAUGAUUUAUUUAGACUCUUAGCUAGCUGGCUUAAAACCAUCCAAGUGUAGCUCAGAAGAAACGGAUUUUGCUAAAAUCCAAAGUUAGUUACAGUUUCUAAUAAACCAAGUUUGUAGUUAAAAUCGUACGUGAGAUUAUAACAAUGUUUCAACGUAAUGUUUAGUCGAUCAACAUAGAGUUCUAAAAGUAUGCAUAAAAUACUUCAAUUCUACUAUAUAUAUUCAAGCGUCAUACUUCUACUGUAGAUACCGUGGCUUGUUGUAUACGUGAAGUAUUAACGUUAUGAUCACAGCACUCUUUCAACCAAUGGGAUGUAUGUUCGAAUCCCGUUUCACUUUCGUCGGCUUAGAUUACUAGGUAAUAUCACUAACGCGUAUGUUAACAUUUUGGUUCAAAGUCAGGUAAAUUACAGAAGCAUUAUUAAAAGUUGUUUUCACCUGGUAUAGUGCGAAAGAUAGAAAGCUGACAUGGCUCAGAAUCGAUCAUAAUGGCUUAGGUGUGUAUACUCUUUGUCUUCUCUUAGAUCGUGAGAUUAAAAUUGCUUUAUACCUUUAUUCAUGCGAAAUAGUUCCUUCUUCCUGUAUUAUAUCCUUAUGCACAAUCUUUCUUUUAUAUAUUGCUACCAUUGAAGUAAGUACUAUGAAUUUGGUGUUCAUCUUGUGCUAAUAAGGUAUGGCAACUUUGACCGAUGCAUAUAUGUGCCUGGUCCUACGUUGCAGCUGACUGACAUACACAUAAUCUCUGAUAGUCUAACUCUAUGAUUUUUAUGGUGUAUUCUGAGUACAGCGUUUUUUUAACCCCUAUCAAAGCUCUAGUCGUAGAACGGUACUCUUGAUUCACCAUCAGAAACUUAAUCAUAAGUCCAUUUAGUCACGAAUUAAGAAUCAGGUUAAAAAAUAAACUUUAUCUAGCACUUUUUAUCCAUAAGGAUGUUUUGGAAUCAGAUGCCUCAUCAACUACUCAACGGUAUGUUAUGUCGUCUAUAUGAUUGUUGUGAUACUCGUUUCCAAGUUAAAAUGUAUAUCCCUAAAAGCAUCUAUACUGUCAAUAAAGUGCAUAGAGCUUAAAAUCCUAUUUUAUUUAUUCUCUGCGAAAUAUAUAUUUUGAAAUAUUCAUAUCACCCGUUGAUUCUAUUGAGAAUCAUUAUUCAAAAUAGAAUUCUCACUAUUAAUUCUAUAUAAUCAUUCAUUUGAUUAGAAAUUUUCACUAAAAUCAUAACGGUAGAAAUUUCGUCUGAUAUUCGAAUUAGUUUGAUGACAGGACGUUUAAUAACAUUCAAAUGUCAUUUGAUACUGAUUAAGUGAAUCAUACCGUUUUGGAUGUUUUGGCUAAUUCUGUUGGUUUUGGUUUAUUAUCUAGUUUCAUGACCUCAAGUGAGUUAAUAAAUUGAUUGACUUUCAUGGAAAUCUGUUAUUCGGCCAGGUCGUUAUUUUCUUUUAAUGUACUGAUAUUCUGUCUGUCAUUUUAACAUUCCAAAAUGAAAUUAUAGCAGUGGUACCAGAAGCAGAAACUGAAUAUAUACACGAAACAAUUAAACGAUGAUUACCGGACAUCAGUAAGCUGACUGAAGUGCAUUUAUUAUCAAGAUGAAGCGGUGAGUGACGUGAUAUUUCUAAUUACGUUAGUGAAAUAAAUCUAAAUGACUCUACCAAGAGGUCAAAAUCCUAAGAGGAACUUCUGAUACAAAGUCCUGCAGUAAAUACAUUUUAUUUUCGCUUUUGACUAAAUAAAUCUUAAGAUGGAGUAAAAUCUGUCUAAACUUUCAUAAAAUUAGUUGGUAUCAGUAUCCUAAUAAACAUGUAUUGUCACUGCAACUAUCCUUACUUGUACUCCUGUGGAGCGCAAACAUGUUACACUGAUUAUUUCAGAAGUUAAAUAAAAAUUAAUUGUUUAACAAAUAAUCAGGCUUUUCGAUCAUGUUAUUUUCAUAAUCAUUAACUGAAUUACAAUAUUCAUGUUUACCCUAUUUUUGGAUCUAGGUCAACUUUAAUCUAAUCAAAUUUUUGAUUAACAGUUAUUAAGCUCUAUUCCAUUAUUGAAAUACAGUAUAUUCUGAAAAUCAAGUUAUUUCCGCUAGAAUGAUUAAGGUGGAAUUAAUAACAUAUUCCGAACAUUCUAUUCUUGACGCGUACAUUAUUAAAUGUAAUUUCUUGUUGAAGAAUUUUUAUAGACUUAAUAAAACUUUAAUUGAUGUGCAAUACUUGUUAAAAAGUAUGACAUAAUACAAUGUAAGCUAAAUAAAUACAACAAGCGUAAUGAAAAACUAUUUGUACAUCAAAUCAUGUCCAAAUCAUAUGAAUAAAAUGACGACGUUGCUUGCUAUCAACCAUCAGUCUAUGGAUUACUCCAAAUAGAAAACGUUAGACUUGUCAACAUUAUAAGAAGCUCUUAAUAUCAAUUUGAACAAACUGUUCAUGCUCCCAGUUAGUUUAAAUGACUAGUUUCAUUCUGAUAAUUUAUUAGAUACCAAUGAAGAUUGGUUUAGACUGAACAAUCGCUUGUAAAUUCAUUUAGAAUGUAGGAGAUAUAUUUACAUAAUGAAAACAAAAUGAACUAAUAGGAAAAUAGUCUUUAACUUUAUUAAGAACUGAGGCCACCUCAAUUGGAGGAUUUGAUAGACAAUAGAACUGUUAGUUUACAAAACAGAAAUAAAAUAUUGUAUAUGUGGGAAACUUCAUCUAGAUUUGAGCGAAAAGUUCCAAAGCAGUUAGGCACUGAGUUAAUAUAAAAGGAAAUUGUGUUUGUAUCGUAAGCGGCUUUCUGGUAACUGGUUCAAAGUUCUACGAGUCAAGUCUUGGAUUCCCUACAUUGGUUGGCUAGAUAUCAAACUUAUAAAGCAAAAACGACUGAUAUCUGGUUGAUAAAGCAACUUGCUUCAUCUACGAACUGAGUUGGCUGUAUUCAUAAUCUGGGAAUUAAAACAUUUAGAACAAGCAAAUGUAAACUGUAUCUGUCUUUUGGAUUUAAUUGUUAUCGGAACUGAAUGCUCAUGGUGCGAAAUGUUACUUAUCUAUUAACUUGAUUUCUAAAACGAAGGACAACUGGUAUUUUAUGUACUAAUAUCACAGAGAUUUUCUCAUCAAUCUGAGAAUUGUUUUUGAUUUUGACUGUUGGCUCUAUAAGUAUUUCAUUAUCAUUGUUAACCAGUCAAUAUGUGACGAUUCUUAAAAGGAAUUAUAAUACAUGACCAAACAACACAUGCCACCUGAGCCCGUAGUGUUUCAAGACAUGCCACGUUCAACUAUGUACAAGCUAUGGUUAAUGUGUAGAUGAUUGAUUUAAUUAUACUGACCACCCACGCGUUUAUUUUGGGGUCAGUCUCUCUGCCUGUAAAUAUAUUGUAAUCUUUUUCUUAGAUAAUUUAAAACACAGUUUCUUAUGUAAUCUUGUUUUCUUUAUAUGUCUAAUUUGUCUGAUCAAAUAUAUAAGAGCAUGAACAGUUACUGAACCGGACCAGAUUGAUGGGGAUGUGAAAUCCUCAUAUAUUACAUUUAUAAAAAAAAACAAUUUUUAGAACUCAUAAACUGAUUUAAAGUUAGCUUGGUUGAUUGACUUCCGAUAUGUGGAUCAAUUUAUUCCGAAUGAAGUUCAUUGUUUUAUUUUCAAUUUAUCUUCAUUGUAUUAGUUAAUGAACUGUGAUUUGUAUUAAGUUAUAAUUAUUCCGUUCAGAAAUUAUAAUCAUUUCAAUCGAUUCAUAGUUGAUUAACUUUGCUUUCCUUUUUAGAAAUAUGUUUAUGAUUCUCUCCAAGUCGUGUUUUGACCGCUUGAGUUAAGUAAAGUCUUCAACCACACUAGACCAUAGAACAAGACAUAGUACAUAUUAUAACAGUACUUUAGUAAAUGGGACUAGAAUGUACCAGACGGCGCUUGCUACUUGCAGCAUAUAACGCCUUAGAAAGUUGGUUUCAUUAAUAGCAAUCUUGUUACUUCAAAUGUGAUCAAUAAGCUAAAAUUACUUAAAAACGGUCUAUUGGAUUUCGGAUACUUCUUUGUUAUACCCUGAUGAGAAAUCUAGUCUAGUUUCCGUAGCAAUAACUUUUCUGUUAAUCAGUUUUACUUGGCUAUAAUAUAUGGACAAAUACUUAUUGAUGUAAUUUUGUGGUUUCCGUGAUUAUUUUUACCGAUUUGAUCAAACAUUUCCCCCAGUGAUUUGAUGAGUAAUUUGUUGACAAUUUUCGUAAUUAUGCAUCUAGUGAUACUCAUAGCUUACGCUGAAAUGUGUUGCCUUUGAAAUGGUUAAAAGUGUUAGUAAAGUCGUUGUGACACUGAAUACGGUUGAAAUGCAGUUUCUAUUUCAUUCGUAGUAACAACCCACAUAUUCCUUAAGAAACCGUGUAAAAUACAUUUUUAUGGUACAAGAUAUACAACAAAUAGGGUGUAUAACAGUCAGAAUGAAAUUAGUUUUACGAAGUUGUUUUGGACAAUCUGACUAUCAAAACGUAAGAACAUAAAAAUUCAUAUUAUGGUAUCCUCGAAAAUAACUAACUCGUCAUUUUUUCAGUAAUAAGUCUGUACUUUGUGGAACCUAACAGUUAUUGCAUUGUCUUAUGCAAAUCAAGUCAAACAUCAUCCAAAGAAUCUGACUAAGCUAUUAUUGCCUUUACGAGGAAUUCCAGUGAGAUUUUAAACCUUAUAUACAUGAACUUAAGUACUGGUUAAUUCGAAUAAAUUCACGAAUAUACCAGGAUUUUAAAGAUGUUGGUCCUACUAAAGCAAAACUUCUGCAAUAAGGUAUGUAAAAGUACUGAGAAGGAACUCAUAUUAUUGCACGUUACCUAAGUCAACAGGGGAUAACUGAAGUUGCUAAUGGUUUUUUAAAGUAUGCUAGCAGACAUAUGAUAAAUGCAUGUCACUUUAAUUUCCUAAACGUUAUUUCACCGAUCUUUGGUUUUAUAGUAGCUAUCUCAUAUUCAUCGGAUGUUUACUGUUAUCAAUGUGUGAAAAUUGUUGUAUCUAACCUAAUAGUCUCUGAUUUAUAAAAUUAGGGUUACUCGUUUUCAGUGGAACUUUAAGGGCUAUUUGAAAUUUAAAGAUAGCUGUAUUUACUCCACGUUCUAAAAUGAACAAUUUUUCGUGAAAAAUUUGGUCGUUACUAGGUAGCCUCCAUACUUGUUUCGCUUUUUUAAUUGUUAAAAAGACCAGACACUAAAGGUCACAACAAUACAAUAUAUAUAAAUCGUGGUCGCUUGACCUAAUCCCUGAAAUGAACUAAGUGUUUAAACAUCAAAUCAAUUUAAUACUUUUAAUAACUCGUUCAGGAGAUAUGAAAUGACUGUAUCAAAUGGUUACUUCUAUGUGUAGCAAAUACUAUGUUGAUAUACUAAAAACCUCUGAAAGUUAAAGAGAAUGAAUACGUGGAUUGCUUUUUAUACAGACAGUUUAUUGCAUCAACAUCUAGUUUUCCUUUGGACACAACGAUUUUUAUCAUACUGCGAUUUCAACGAAAGAGACUGCAAACAAGGAAUUAAUUAAGAAUUGUAAGCCGAUUGAUUCUGAUCGAAGUUUAAUGGUUUGAUGCUUGCCAAGAGACCUUAUGAUCCUGGGUUCGGUCCCAUAUCGAGCUGUGAGUAGGCACUGAAACUUAGAUGUAAAACAAAAGAGCUCCUUUGUUCCUCCUAGUUUUAGAUUGUAUUUCAACUGAUAUUGGUUCAAGAUGAAAACUGAUUUCCCACCGAGCAGUAUCAACAAACUUCUACCUUAAUCAUAAAAUUAUCGGCACUAUUAUAACCGUCAACUCCGCCUGUAGCUCUUCUAGAGUUACUGCCGGUCCCAAGCCCGGGUAAAGGAGAAGGGUUGGGCAUGGGGUUAGCGUCCCCAUCCCGUAGAAAACUAACUCGCUAAAAAAACGCUAACCAGAAAAAAUAAUUCAAACCAUUUUAACUCUGCCCUGAGAGUUAGAAGGUCUUCAUUUAGAAGAAUUAUGACGCUUCAUGGUGAAAGCCGAGUUUCUUCGGAAGCCACGAUGCCGAUGCCCCUUCUAACAACCAGAGCAAAAAUUUUUGUAGGUACAUGGAACGUCCGAACAAUGUGGGAGACCGAGAAGACUAGUCAAAUAGCAACGGAAAUGAGGAGAUACAAUUUGGCAAUACUGGGAAUCAGUGAAACCCACUGGACCCAAGCUGGACAGAAAAGGCUAGCUACGGGAGAGAUGCUGCUAUACUACGGUCACGAAGAGGAAAAUGCUCCACACACUCAGGGAGUCGCUCUAAUGCUGUCCAAAGUAGCACGAAAUGGACUUGUAGGAUGGGAAUCUCACGGAUCCAGAAUAAUCAAAGCAUCAUUCAAAACAAAGAAGGAGGGGAUCACAAUGAAUAUUAUCCAAUGUUAUGCACCCACCAAUGAUAGCAACGACGACAUUAAAGAUCAAUUUUACGAGCGGCUGCAGUCAAUCAUAGAGAAAUGCCCAAGAAAGGACCUCACCAUUCUAAUGGGAGAUCUAAAUGCCAAAGUUGGAAUAGACAACACCGGAUAUGCAGGUAUUAUGGGACGACAUGGACUGGGACAGAGAAACGAAAAUGGAGAAAGAUUUGCAAAUUUGUGUGCAUUCAACAAAUUGGUCAUAGGGGGCACAAUAUUUCCACACAAACGUAUACACAAAGCUACAUGGAUCUCACCGGACUACACUACAGAGAACCAAAUAGAUCAUAUUUGCAUCAACAAAAAAUUCCGAAGGACAAUAGAAGAUGUGAGAACCAGGAGAGGAGCUGACGUGGCUUCAGAUCACCACCUAGUUGUAGCCAAUUUAAAACUGAAGCUAAAAAAGAACUGGACAAGUGGACAAACAGCACUACUAAGGUUCAAUACAGCCUUCUUUCGAGAUACUGACAAACUCAAUGAAUUCAAGAUAGCUCUCAACAACAGGUUCCAAGUCUUACAAGAUCUACUGAAGGAAGAAGAAACUACUAUGGAGGACAACUGGAAAGGCAUCAAAGAAGCAUUUACUUCAACGUGUCAAGAGGUUCUGGGCCUAAAGAAACACCAUCAUAAGGAGUGGAUCUCUAUAGAAACUCUGGACAAGAUCAAAGAAAGGAAGAACAAGAAGGCAGCAAUUAACCACAGCCGAACACGAACAGAGAAAGUCCAAACACAAGCUGAAUACAUGGAAGCAAACAGGCAAGUGAAGAAAAGCAUUAGAGCCGACAAGAAGAAAUACGUGGAAGAACUAGGAACGACGGCGGAAAAAGCUGCAAGGGAAGGAAAUAUGAAACAACUUUACGAUACAACGAAGAAACUAUCAGGGAAAUACAGUAAACCAGAGAG